ACGUCUUAUUACUCAUCCAACACCAACUUCACCCCGUUGUCCCGCACCGCACCAGAUCCGAGCCCCGCAUCAUCACUGGUCCUCUUUCAAAGGAACAGUCUAUAUCUCUCUCUGUGAUCACCGAGCACCUCACGGAUCGGAUCUCGCUCUCCUAUAAAUACACGCAUCUCCGUUCGCUGCGCAUCGAAGACCCAGUCUGAUUGGUCCCCACACCAACCGGUUUUAAACAAAAUAUUUGGGACUCAAUUCUAGGGUUUUGUUUCUUGCAUUUUGACAUGAAGCUACGUGCGCAGAAUGCCUUAUAUUUCAGUCUCUGGAAUUGGAUGAUUUGAUCAAACUUCACGCAUUUUCGGAGACAAACGGCCUCUCCGGCGGAAAUGGCAGCCUCGCCCGUCAAGGUCCUCUUCGUGCUCUUGCUAGUUUCCAUCACACUGUGGUUGGUCAUCAUAUUUGCUUCCAGAUUGGUGGCUUGGAUUCUAAGCCGGAUUUUGGGAGCAUCUGUUAGAUUUCGGGUUGGUGGAUGGAAAUGUUUACGGGAUGUUGUGGUGAAGUUUAAUAAGGGUGCUGUUGAAUCUGUAUCUGUUGGUGAAAUUAAACUCAGCUUACGUCAGUCCUUGGUCAAACUUGGCGUCGGUUUUAUUUCUAAAGAUCCGAAGCUGCAAGUGUUAAUAUGUGAUUUAGAAGUUGUAGUUAGACCUUCAACUAAAAGCACACCAAAGAGUAAAAGUCGGAGAUCCCGCACCUCAGGCAGAGGAAAGUGGAUGGUUGUAGCUAGCAUUGCAAGAUUUUUGUCAGUUUCUGUGACAGAUUUGGUCGUGAAGACACCCAAAGCUACUAUUGAAGUUAAGGAACUGAAAGUGGAUAUAUCUAAAGAUGGUGGAUCGAAGCCAAAUUUGUUUGUUAAGCUACGUAUAUUACCUAUUUUUGUUCACAUAGGUGAACCACGGAGUAGUUGUGACCAAUCAUCCAAUUUUCAUAGUGGAGGAUGCAUUUCUGCCGGCCAGUCAUCCUUUCCCAUGAUUGAUAGGUCUUCUACUCCUAUUAGCUGUGAAGAAUUGUCUCUAUCUUGUGAAUUUGGUCAUGAUAGGGAAGUAGGUGUAGUUAUCAAGAAUCUGGAUAUUACCAGUGGGGAGGUCACUGUGAGUCUGAAUGAGAAGUUGCUUUCAAAAAGCAAGAGAUCAUCAGACGCUAUUUCUCAUUCUGAUAAGGUGAUAGAAUCAACAGUGGAUUCUGUGGCUGCUAAAAAUCCACAGAACAAAAAAGGUCUUGGGGCACUUUCAAAGUACACUACUUUGUUUCCGGAAAAGGUUUGCUUCAAUUUGCCAAAACUGGAUGUGAGGUUUGAGCAUCAUGAGCAUGAACUCGAUGUUGAGAAUAACAUCAUGGGCAUUCAAUUAAAGAUAAUCAAAUCUCGAUCCAGUGAAGAUGUGGGGGAGAGUACGCGCCUUGAUAUUCAAAUGGAUUUCAGUGAGAUUCAUCUUCUUAGAGAAGCUGGCACUUCUGUUUUGGAGAUACUGAAAGUUGAUGUUGUCUCUUUUCUGUAUGUACCGGUACAGCUGAGCUCGCCAAUUAGAGCUGAAAUUGAUGUUAAACUGGGGGGUACUCAGUGCAACAUCAUAAUGAAUAGAUUAAAGCCGUGGUUACGCUUCCACUACUCAAAAAAGAAAAGAAUCGUGCUUCAGGAGGAAAAGCCUGCUCUUGAAAAGCUGCAGUCAACUGAAUCCAAAGCCAUCAUGUGGACAUGUACUGUUUCAGCCCCUGAGAUGACUGUUGUGCUUUAUAGUGUCAGUGGUUUGCCAGUAUAUCAUGGUUGCUCACAAUCGUCACAUGUGUUUGCAAAUAACAUAUCAAAUAUGGGAACUGCGGUACACAUGGAACUUGGUGAAAUAAAUUUGCACAUGUCAGAUGAGUAUCAAGAAUGCUUGAAAGAAAGCCUUUUUGGCGUGGAAUCAAAUUCAGGUUCUUUAGUGAACAUAGCAAAGGUUAGUUUGGAUUGGGGCAAGAAAGACCUGGAAUCAUCUGAAGAAGAUGGUCCUAUGUGUAAAUUGGUUCUAUCUGUUGAUGUAACUGGUAUGGGUAUUUAUUUUACUUUCAAGCGUGUUGAAUCACUUAUAACAACUGCUAUGUCCUUUCAAACUCUAUUGAAAAAACUAUCUGGUUCUGGAAAAAGAGCUCAAAAUCGGGGAGGGCAUUCAUCCAAAUCAUCAGGGAAAGGGAUGCGACUCUUGAAAUUUAAUCUUGAACGGUGUUCUGUAAACUUCUGUGGUGAUGUGGGUUUGGAAAACACGCUUGUUGUAGACCCCAAGCGUGUGAAUUAUGGAUCACAGGGUGGUCAAGUUGUUGUCAGUGUUUCAGCUGAUGGCACACCACGCUGCGCAAAAGUAAUGUCCACAAUUUCUGAAGAAUGCAAGAAGUUGAAGUAUUCUGUUUCUCUUGAUAUUUUUCAUUUCAGUUUGUGUGUGAACAAGGAGAAACAGUCCACACAGAUGGAACUUGAAAGAGCCAAAUCUGUCUAUCAGGAAUAUUUGGUAGAACAAAAGCCUGACACAAAAGUGACACUGUUUGACAUGCAGAAUGCUAAAUUUGUACGGCGUUCUGGUGGUCUAAAAGAGAUUGCUGUUUGCUCCCUUUUUAGUGCUACUGAUAUUAUGGUCAGAUGGGAGCCUGAUGUUCAUCUGUCACUAAUUGAACUUGUUUUGCAAUUGAAGUUACUCCUAUAUAAUCAGAAGCUUCAAAGACAUGGCAAUGAAUCUGUUGAAGAUCUUUCUAGCGUGGGGGAUACUGAACAGAGGAAAGAAGCCACCAUGGAAUCAGGACAUUUUGAUAAGCACAAGAAAAGGGAAUCUAUAUUUGCUGUUGAUGUAGAAAUGUUGCGUAUAUCUGCAGAGGUUGGGGAUGGGGUUGAUGCAAUGGUUCAGGUUCAGUCUAUCUUCUCUGAGAAUGCCCGCAUAGGAGUACUUCUGGAGGGACUUAUGCUUAGUUUCAAUGGGUCAAGAGUAUUCAGAAGUAGCCGGAUGCAAAUUUCACGUAUUCCUACUGCUUCUAUUGAUGCAAAAGCACCGGUAGCCACCUCAUGGGAUUGGGUAAUCCAAGGCCUUGAUGUUCAUAUUUGCAUGCCUUUCAGGUUGCAAUUGCGUGCCAUCGAUGAUGCCAUUGAGGAUAUGUUGCGUGGUUUGAAGCUUAUAACUGCUGCCAAAACUAAUCUAAUUUUUCCCAUGAAGAAAGAAAGCUCAAAAGCUAAAAAGCCAAGUUCAGUGAAAUUUGGAAGUAUAAAAUUUUGCAUACGCAAGCUAACUGCCGAUAUCGAAGACGAACCUUUGCAGGGUUGGCUUGAUGAACACUAUCAGCUGAUGAAGAAUGAGGCAUGUGAGCUAGCUGUCAGGUUAAAAUUUCUUGAUGAAUUUAUUUCUAAAGUCAACCAAUGUCCUAAAACUAGUGAAACAAAUGAUUCUACUCAAGAAAAAAGGACUUACUGUAAUGGAGUUGAGGUUGAUGUGCAAGAUCCUUCAGCCAUUCACAAAGUGGAAGAAGAAAUUUAUAGACAGUCAUUUCGAUCAUAUUACCAGGCAUGUCAGAGUCUAGCAACAUCAGAAGGUUCAGGUGCCUGUAGGGAAGGGUUUCAGGCUGGUUUUAAGCCUAGCACUGCCAGAACUUCUCUUCUUUCCAUUUCUGCUACAGACUUAGAUGUAAGCUUGACUAGAAUUGAUGGCGGAGAUGCUGGGAUGAUAGAGGUUCUUAAGAGGCUUGAUCCUGUUUGCCUUGAAAAAAAUAUUCCAUUUUCUCGACUGUAUGGGAGAAACAUUCUCUUGCAUACAGGAUCUCUUGCUGUUAAGCUACGAGAUUACACGUUUCCUCUUUUUUCUGCAACUUCUGGCAAAUGUGAAGGUCGUGUUGUGCUAGCACAGCAGGCGACGUGUUUUCAGCCUCAAAUUUACCAAGAUGUCUUUGUUGGAAGAUGGAGAAAGGUGUGCAUGCUUCGUUCAGCUAGUGGUACUACUCCACCAAUGAAAACAUACUCAGAUUUGCCCAUAUAUUUUCAGAAUGCAGAAGUGUCCUUUGGAGUGGGAUAUGAACCGGCUUUUGCUGAUGUGAGCUAUGCUUUUACUGUGGCUCUUCGCAGGGCUAAUCUAAGUAUUAGGAAUGUUAAUUCUUCUAUUCCACAAACUCAGCCGCCAAAAAAGGAACGGAGCUUACCAUGGUGGGAUGAUGUAAGAUAUUACAUUCACGGAAAUAUCACCUUAAUCUUUUCUGAAACCAGAUGGAAUCUCCUUGCCACUACUGAUCCCUAUGAAAAGCUUGACAAACUUCAAAUAAUCUCUAGUUCGAUGGAGAUCCAACAGUCGGAUGGUCGUGUUCAUGUUUCAGCAAGGGAUUUUAAGUUUUUAUUGAGCAGUUUGGAGAGUUUGGCGAGUCGUCGUGGUUUAAAACUUCCUACUGGUGUAUCUGGUCCUUUACUUGAAGCUCCUGCCUUCACUCUUGAAGUUACAAUGGACUGGGAAUGUGAAUCUGGCAAUCGGCUAAAUCACUAUUUACAUGCAUUUCCCUCUGAAGGGGAACCUCGUGAAAAAGUUUUUGACCCCUUCAGAUCAACUUCUCUGUCCUUACGGUGGAACUUCUCUCUUAGACCCCCUCUUCCCUCAUCUGAGAAACAAUCUCCAUCUUCCACCUUGGAAGAUAGUGCUGGUGUAGAUGGAACUGUCUAUGGUCCUCCUCAUAAGCUUGAGAAUGUUUCAAUUGUUUCCCCAACACUGAAUAUUGGUGCUCAUGAUCUAGCAUGGAUAAUAAAAUUCUGGAACAUGAAUUAUGUUCCUCCUCACAAAUUGCGUACAUUCUCUCGCUGGCCUCGUUUCGGAAUUCCAAGAGCUCCCAGAUCAGGGAAUUUGUCAUUGGACAAAGUCAUGACAGAAUUUAUGCUCCGCAUAGAUGCUACUCCUACUUGUAUGAAACAUAUGCCAUUAGAUGAUGAUGAUCCGGCCAAAGGACUGACAUUCAAUAUGACAAAGCUGAAGUAUGAACUCUGUUAUAGUCGUGGUAAGCAAAAAUAUACUUUUGAAAGCAAGCGUGACCCUCUUGAUCUCGUUUACCAGGGUCUUGACCUUCACAUGCCUAAGGCAUUUGUAAACAAAGAAGGUAGCACUAGUGUUGCAAAAGUAGUUCAAAAGACGAGGAAAAGUUCCCAAUCUGCAUCAAUGGAUAGAGUUUCCAGUGAGAAAAGUAACUAUGUUGGUUGCACCGAGAAGCAUCGUGAUGAUGGGUUUCUGUUAUCAUCUGAUUAUUUCACAAUCAGAAGGCAGGCCCCAAAGGCUGAUCCUGCUAGGUUAUUAGCAUGGCAAGAGGCUGGAAGAAGAAAUCUUGAGAUGACUUAUGUGAGAUCUGAGUUUGAAAAUGGGAGUGAGAGUGAUGAGCAUACACGAUCUGACCCAAGUGAUGAUGAUGGGUACAAUGUUGUAAUAGCUGACAAUUGUCAGCGCGUUUUUGUUUAUGGCCUCAAGCUUUUGUGGACUACUAAGAAUAGAGAUGCCGUGUGGUCCUGGGUUGGUGGUAUAUCCAAAGCAUUUGAACCUCCAAAGCCUUCUCCUUCUCGGCAGUAUGCACAGAGGAAGUUACUUGAGGAGAAUCAGCUGCAUGGCGGAGCUGAAACACAUCAAGAUGAUCUGGCUAAGCCGUCUUCUACCAGCCACGGUGCAAAUUCUUCUCAAAAUGCUGAGACUUCAUCAUCUUCUUCACAUUCAGCUAAAAUGGAGAACUCAUCAUCUGCUGUUAAAAUGGAGAACUUGGCAGCUGCUGCUGCUGCGAAAAACGUAAACAUAACUGAUUCUGAGGAGGAUGGUACUCGUCAUUUUAUGGUGAAUGUUAUUGAGCCUCAGUUCAAUCUUCAUUCAGAAGAAGCCAAUGGCAGAUUUUUGCUUGCUGCAGUUAGUGGUCGUGUUUUGGCCCGGUCGUUUCAUUCAGUCCUCCAUGUAGGAUAUGAAGUGAUUGAGCAAGCACUUGGUACUGGAAAUAUACAUAUCCGUGAAUCUCAACCCGAAAUGACAUGGAAACGCAUGGAGUUCUCUGUCAUGUUGGAGCAUGUGCAGGCUCAUGUUGCACCAACUGAUGUUGAUCCAGGUGCUGGGUUGCAGUGGCUUCCAAAAAUUCUUAGAAGCUCUCCAAAAGUAAAGCGUACUGGUGCUCUACUUGAGAGAGUUUUUAUGCCCUGUGAUAUGUACUUUCGGUACACGAGGCACAAAGGUGGGACUCCUGAACUAAAGGUGAAGCCAUUAAAGGAGCUCAUUUUCACUUCUCAUAAUAUAACAGCAACAAUGACGUCUCGACAGUUUCAGGUUAUGCUGGAUGUGUUGACCAAUCUUCUUUUUGCACGGCUCCCCAAGCCUCGAAAAAGUAGUCUGUCAUUUCCUGCUGAAGAUGAUGAAGAUGUUGAAGAGGAGGCAGAUGAGGUUGUUCCUGAUGGUGUUGAGGAGGUAGAACUUGCCAAAAUAAACCUUGAACAGAGAGAGCGGGAGCAGAGGUUGCUUCUUGAUGACAUUAGGAAACUUUCUGUUAGGUGCGAUACAUCCAGUGACCCAUACCCGGAAAAGGAAGCUGACUUUUGGAUGAUAACUGGAGGAAGAUCCACCUUGGUGCAAGGACUAAAGAGAGAUCUUGUAAAUGCACAAAAAUUCAGGAAGACAGCAUCUGCCUCAUUAAGAAUGGCCCUGCAGAAAGCUGCUCAGCUACGACUGAUGGAGAAGGAAAAGAACAAAAGUCCCUCAUAUGCCAUGCGUAUUUCUUUGCAAAUUAACAAAGUGGUUUGGAGCAUGCUUGUGGAUGGUAAAUCUUUUGCUGAAGCUGAGAUAAAUGACAUGAUUUAUGACUUUGACCGAGAUUACAAAGAUGUUGGUGUUGUUCAGUUCACUACAAAGUAUUUUGUUGUCAGAAACUGCUUGCCUAAUGCCAAGUCUGAUAUGCUUUUAUCUGCGUGGAAUCCUCCGCCUGAAUGGGGAAAAAAGGUCAUGCUUCGUGUAGAUGCAAAGCAGGGAGCUUCAAGGGAGGGGAACUCUCCACUUGAACUUUUCCAGGUAGAGAUUUAUCCCCUUAAGAUCCAUUUGACGGAGACAAUGUAUAGAAUGAUGUGGGAGUAUUUCUUCCCCGAAGAAGAACAAGAUUCACAACGGCGGCAGGAAGUGUGGAAGGUUUCAACGACUGCUGGUUCAAAACGUGUAAAGAAAGGCUCAUUAAUGCAUGAAGCUUCUGCAUCAAGCAGUCAUUCAACAAAAGAAUCUGAUGCCACAUCCAAAUCAUCAAGUGCCUUUCCCUCUGUUACCAAUCAACACUCUGCCCAUGCUGAUUCUGCUCAAGCGGCAAAGUUGCAAAACCUCAAAACAAACACUGUUGGUGGUUCAACCUCAGAGUUAAGAAGAACAUCAUCUUUUGAUAGAACGUGGGAGGAGACUGUUGCAGAAUCUGUUGCUAAUGAACUUGUCUUACAGAGCAUCUCUUCCCCAAAAAGUGGGCCACUUGGUUCUAUUGACCAACCAGAUGAAUCCUCUAAAACUAAGUUGAAAGAGUCUAAAGCUAUCAAAUCUGCUCGGUCCUCUCAUGAAGAAAAAAAGGUAGCAAAGUCUCAUGAAGAGAAGAGAUCUAGACCUCGAAAAAUGAUGGAGUUUCACAAUAUCAAGAUAAGUCAGGUUGAGCUAUUGGUUACUUAUGAAGGAUCAAGGUUUGUUGUGAAUGAUCUGAAGUUGCUGAUGGAUACAUUUCACCGUGUUGAGUUCACUGGAACUUGGCGGAGACUGUUCUCGCGAGUUAAGAAGCACAUUAUCUGGGGAGUCCUAAAGUCUGUAACGGGAAUGCAGGGUAAGAAGUUCAAAGACAAAGCACACAGUCAAAGGGAACCUAGUGGAAGUGGUGUUCCGGAUAGUGACCUUAAUUUCAGUGACAAUGAAGGAGGAGGCCAGACAGGGAAAUCUGAUCAGUAUCCAAUUUCCUGGCUUAAGCGUCCACGUGAUGGAGCAGGUGACGGAUUUGUCACUUCCAUCAGGGGCCUUUUUAAUACUCAACGUCGCAAGGCCAAGGCAUUCGUGCUGCGGACUAUGAGGGGUGAAGCAGAGAAUGAUUUUCAAGGUGAUUGGAGUGAAAGUGAUGCAGAGUUUUCUCCCUUCGCUAGGCAGCUCACUAUAACAAAAGCUAAGAGGCUUAUUAGGCGGCAUACAAAGAAGUUUCGCUCAAGAGGACAAAAAGCUUCAUCCUCCCAACAGAGAGAAUCGCUUCCAUCAUCACCGAGGGAGACCACUCCGUUUGAGAGUGAUUCUUCUAGUGGAUCCUCGCCUUAUGAGGAUUUUCAUGAAUAGAAACAUCUCUAUUCAUCCAGUGGGGAUUUUCUGAAGGCCUUUAGGGGGAGUAGAUAUCGCCGGGUUCCAUCAGCCCCUUGUUGAUUGAGGGGGUACAGGAACGGGGCAAUUAUAAUUUGUUUGACUUACUGAGCACCCUGGAUGAGAGAGUUGGAGAGAUUCAUGCUGCUACAUUGUCUUCAAGUAAAAUACAAGCUGGGGGACACUAGGAAUGGAGGAGAUGAUUAUAUCCCUUCAGGGGGUAUUAACGAGAAACACAUUGGUUGAGCAUACAAACGAUGAUUAACUACAAGGACCUGAGUUGAACCCACCUGCUCACUCUCUGAUCCGUCUUCCUCGAAGGGUUGUCUAUUUGUAUAUUUUUUUGUAGCUCGAGUACAGGAAGGAAUAUCCGGUCGCUAAAUUUUGAGUUUUAGAUUUUUGUUCUUUUGUACAUACAUCAUCAAAAUAUAUAUUUUCUCAAUAGAAAUAAAGAAGUUAUAUUGCCCUC